AUGACAGCUCUUGAAGAUGCAAAUGCUGGAGAUUUUGAUGAUGCUGUCAAAGUCGAAAUUAUGAAGAGUAAGAUGGCAGGAAAAUAUGCUUCAGUACUAGCUCAAAAUAACUUUGUAAAUCCUGCAGUUAAUAUCGAUAGUCCAGAUACAAUACGAGCAUGGUUAAAUAAAAAAUAUCAACGAGAAACAAUUGGAACUAAGAAUUUAGCUAUUCAGAGAUUAAGUCAAGAAAGAUUCCAAUCUUAUGAUACACCAGAUACGUAUGAAGCCAGAAUCCAUCCACUUAUAUUAGGUGUAGCAAAUAAUGAUGCCUAUGUCUUAGGGACUCUUAAGACUCAUUUAUCAGGAGAUUGUAAGCUUUAUAGUUGGAUAAGAAAUGAAAAUAUAGCAGAUAUUAAUGAAUUUUUCAUUAUAUUGAAAAAUAUAUGGCUCAAAUGUUCUAGUUUAAAUGAAGGGCAAAAUUUCAAUCAAGCACAACCAAAGAAAAAAUUAUUAGCGAAGCAAAAUAAUAGUAUUAUAUCACAACCUGUAUUCCCCUCAUAUUAUGAAAUGCAAAAAUCCUUUCAAGCUAUGAUGGAAAAACAGAAGAUUGAAUCCAAAGCUGAGAUUGAAAAACAGAAAGCCGAGAUUGAAAAAUUGAAAGCCGAAUUUGAAACAAAAAUGACUCAACAAUCCAAAAAAUCUUGCCCUCCAGUUCCAUUCAAAGAUUAUGAACAAAUGCAAGAAUUCUAUGAAGGUCAAGAUGAUCCUAGAUGA